AUGGGUUUGUCUCUAGAUUCUUCUGAUGACGAAUCCUUGGAGGAAGCCACUGGACCAAGUAAAGCAGUGGAAGAGCUGCAAACAGCUGCAAACAGCAAGCCUGUUUCUUCAGAGAAAAGGAAACAGCAUACAGAAUGCUUUCUUGGUGCAGAAGAAGAGCAGUCUAAGGAUAAAAAAGAAGGUGAAGGAAAGCCAAAGAGGAGAAGAAAGAAGAAAAUUUCAGAUAUUCUUGCAAAAUCAUCUCCAAAACCUGGAACCCCUGAAGAUGUAAAGAAACUGCUUAAUGAGCACUUUGGUGCUAAACGUUCCGUGAUUGAAUUAGAAGAAUUAAAGCUACCAGAUGCCUGUUUCCUCCUUCCCAAUGACCUCACCCACAGUUUUUCUUCCUACCUGAAGGAAAUCUGUCCCAAAUGGGCGAAGCUCCGUAAAAACCACAAGGAGAAAAAGUCGGUGGUGAUGCUGACAAUCUGCAGUUCUGCCCUCCGUUGUCUGGAACUCAUCAAGUCAAUAACUGCAUUCAAAGGGGAUGGCAAAGUUAUGAAAUUGUUUGCAAAGCACAUAAAGAUCCAAGAACAGGCAAAAAUGCUGGAGAAAGGUCUCGUCCAUGUGGGUGUCGGGACACCUGGAAGGAUAAAAGCCCUCAUAGAGCAAGACAGCCUUAGUCUGACUGGCUUGAAGUAUGUCAUCUUAGACUGGAACUGGAGGGAUCAGAAGUUAAGAAGAUUAGUUGAUAUCCCUGAGAUAAGAAAAGAAUUCAUUGACCUUCUAGAGAUGGGCCUGAUCAAGCUGUGCAGAGAAGGUUCUGUGAAGCUGGGACUCUAUUAGAUGGAACUUCAGGGGCCAGAUUCCACUCAUCCUCCAUACGUCACAUUUCCACUGGCUAAGUGGAGACUUUUUGGAUUUGAGAUACACAGUAGAAUUUAGUGCUGGAUCCUUUUGUCGUGUUUAAUUCUUUUAUAAUAAAG